AUGGCAAGCUUCCGCGUAGAUGAAGGUGGUCAAGACGGUAGCAUGAAUUUUGAUGAAGCUGUUGGGCAAGUAAAUGGUAUGAAGCUCCAAGGUCCAGAGAGACGACCCCUGCGUUCAGACCGAACAACGGGGGAAGUGACCAUCGGUGAUCUACCUGUUCGUCAUCUCGAUUCCACGGCCACCAAACUCGAGCAAUUUGCUGAUGCUAUCAUGCAUCACCCACUCGAGGUCACCGUCGCCAUGUUUGACAACCUCUACAAGUUUUGCUGCGAGAACAAAUAUUCCAAUCUCCCUGAGCCCUUCAACUUGAAGAAAGAGCCCUCCGUGCCGUACAGCAUGCAAAUCAUCAUACAAACUGCACAGCCACCUCCCGGAGGAGAUACGGAUGGAUCCUAUGUUCACAUCUUCAAGCAUGUGUACCUUCACCGCAACAAGGUCUCAGCUUCAGAUUGUGUCCAGAUGUGUCAUGGUACCCCUUUGCGGUUUGAUUGGGGAAAUCACACCCGGCUUGCUCUCACGGGCCUCAAUUUCAUGCUUGACAAAAUGGGUGGCAAGCAACUACGUUACUGGCUUAUCAAGCCGAAGUUCGAAAAGAAGAUUUCUAUUGAUCAGCAAGCCAGAGAGGAGGGCUACAAGUUCAUCCGCGAUUUUGGUCCCAAGGCCAACAACCGCAAUCAGUUCAUGGAGUGGACUGAUGAGCAGAUCAACACCCCUGGUAGCAAAAUUGAGGGUUGGUCCGAGGGUAAGGUAAAGGAAGCGCUCCACAAUCAUAUGCGUGGUAGACAAAACGCGAAGACGAUUGAGCACUGGCCGUUUACCUUAAAGUCGUUCACACCCUGGUUCUUGGACAACGUUCUGAGCAAGAUGCUUCCAUCGAUGCGACAACAUGCUAUCACAUGGAUAGGACGAACCCGUGCAGGCAAGUCCUUGGGCUCAAAGACUGUCCUGUUCACCCAAUCCAAGUACGAGAUUGACCUGGCAGACCGCACAGACUUGGUUCCCUCCAUCCUUACAGCGAAACACCUGGACUUCUUUAAAGCGGAACCCCUCACCAGAUUUAAACCAGGUGUCUUCGAUGACGGCAUGCUGCAAAAGAUGGACGCAUCCUUCCUCAAGGCGUAUUCAUCGGCACACUUCGAGCAAGGUGCGGGCCGCCAUGCCUGCAACAACCCAUAUGACCGCAGCGUGGAUGAGGAAGCUUUCGCCAGCAUGAAAACCACCAAGUGCUGGCAUAUCUCUCAUGAGAAUUUCAUCAAGUUGAUCACUCCCUCCUUCAGUGCUGUGGACGAAGCAGAAGACCUCGAUGCUAUUUUAGCACGCACCCAUUUCAUUGUCCUUACAGACAGUGGCGUGUAUCAUCGCGUUGCUGCAACGGCCAAAGACUAUGUGAGCUUCAUUCCCUGGGACAACGAGCCCAAAGAUCUUCUCGUCCAGUCCCAGCACGAGAUCUUCAAAGCCUACAAGCUCAACCCGCAUGCUCACGAACUUCCCCCGUCCUAUCAUGAGGAUUCCGUGUGGUCACAGGAACUUCUUCGACGUCUCCUAAACGGCGAGAGCUUCGGCGACCACACCGACAACGUGAACGAGGAUUUCCCUGAUGUGGGCCACGUUCCAGAUGAACUCGAAAUGGCGUUGGAAAGGGAGAUAGACGCAAUGGACGUGGAAGAGUAG